AAGUAACUUGGAUACGGAUAUUAUUUUGAUUUGGGUCUUUUUUUAAGUGCAUUAAAGAGUGUUUUUUUUUCUUGUGGAUAUUCAAUUUUCAUCAUGGGUAAAAGGAGGAGAUUGAACCAGUUGAUUUCAAAAUGGAUUAAGAGUGAUAUCCCUGAAGAUAAAUCGUCGGUGCUUCUUUUACGUGUAACGCGAGCGGCACCAUCGCCAAAACCGUCAAGAAGACCGUUUUCCCUUCCGCAUGCUUUAGGGGUUGUGUCGAGCUGUUCCAAGUUUCAGGUCCGUCGUAACUCCUCUUCGGCCUCCGGGGGUAACGGACGCCGGGCGUCGGUUUGCCGGCGCGAUUCCAGGCGAAGCCCUGCCGUGAGCAAGAGGGAGCGUCUGCCCCCCCAACGCGACUGUAAAGAGAAUUCCGAUAGUCUACGACAAGUUACACAACCGACUUUAGGUGCUGACCAGUUUGAACAAGGUAAAACUUCUCCAACAAACGACCAACAACCAACCGCCACCCUAAACGGCUCUGUAUCCUCCUCAUCCGAAAUAUCUCCACCAAAACCCAUCAACCGUCCCCCUCCAUCCCCCGCCGAUAUCAAAACCAUACGCAAGCGCAUCAGCGAUCGUCGCUCGGCCUUCCUCAACAUCGACCUCCUGCCAAAAAUUACCCUCUCCAACCCUAAACACCAAGAAACCACCCUGUGGCCGACCGGGGUACGCGACGGCAACGUUUCGACCCUGUCAUCGUCAGGAUGUCCGACAUUUUGUAUUCGAACCAAUGGUGACAGUUCGGCUGUAACCAUGGAACCUUCGGUGGAUUCUAUUGGGAAGUGUUCACAGGACAUGGAGGCCUCCAAGGAACUGCCUCAAGAUUGGUCAGUAGUAAACCCAACAGCAACGCUUCGUGGGUCCAUAGUUCAUCAACCAAAUCACUUACCAUCCUACCUCAGCCUCGCCUGCACCAUCAACGGUUAUUCCACUACAACAAACUACGAUCCAAUCCGAUUGGCACGUUCUCGUGAUGCUUCUCCGCAUCGGAUCGAUACCACUGGCAACCAUUUAACAACGGAUCAGACCUCCAAUUACAGCGUAACCAACCACUUAUUAUCACCUCCGAAUUUAGUCCCUCUGCCGACACCGAAAAUGACGGAGAACGCCCUUAGGACCCAUCACCAUCAAGAGUUUUACAGCUCCAGUAAAACAGUCACAUUUCUCAGCAAAGAAUCUCAUCAAUAUAGUAGUAGUGUAUACAAAAAUGACAGUACAGACGGCUGUAUCCAAAGAAAGUUUGUCUCUUACGAGUCCAAGAAUAUAUCUGGUUUGAGCGAUCCAAAUAAAUGCACCAUAGAAAGCUCUACGAUAAGUAAAGAAUACACCAACGGCCAAGAAACCAAAUCAUUCAUCCAACAAAGAGUGGAAAGACUUUAUGGCCCCGGUGCCCUAGCCCAAGGCUUUUUUGCUACAAAACGCCAAAAAAAUCGUCUUUCGGAGUCCGAGAGCUUCAAAGGCAAUCAUCAUCCGGAAACUCACAAACUCAACAAGACCCUGCCGGAUAAACUGAGCGACGAGGAAAAUAUCGAACCGUUAACUAUGAAGAGUGUUAGUAGCACGGCCCUUCCGGUCCUAAGGCAUCUCCGGCCGGAGUUUAGGGCUCAAUUGCCCUUGAAAAAGGUUUUGGACCCCGCUCAGGUACAAAAAAGUGUUACAGUUCCUAAAUUGAAUGAUAGCGUUGUGGUUAAUGGGCACGGUAAAAGUACUAAAGAGGACAACAGUGUAGAGCAAAUUGGUGUAGUGAAGCAAAAUGGGAGUGUCGCUCAUUUGGUGGAAGAGGAAAAAGAGAGCGACACCAAAGACGGCCACUAUUUCAUAAAAAUCCUAGAAGAGCAAGCGGCAAGACUGCUGGUGUUAGCCGAGAGGGCCGAAGCGGAAAUCGAAACUCCCGACCUGUCCGAGGAGGUCAUUUGUAAACUAAGGUCGGCCGUGGGCAAGGCCAAAUUGCUGGUCUCGCAAAAGAUCCAACAGUUUAAAGGCCUGUGUACCAAAAAUAUUAAUCAGAUUCCCGGAGAAAAAUUCCCAACAACCAAUGAAGACUUGCAAGGAUUCUGGGAUAUGGUUAUGUUACAAGUGAGAGAAGUGGACAAAGUUUUCGAAGAAAUCAACACCCUAAGGGAAAACAACUGGAAAGAGGACACACCAAAAAAAGAAGUUAAAUCAAACGGCACAACCAAACGUAAACCGGUAUCGAAACCGAAAGUGUCGGCCGCCGCAGAAGAGGCUAGAAAACAACGCGAAGAACAAAGAAAGAAAAUGAUCGAGGAAAGAAGGAAGGCAAUGAAGGCCGCUCAACAGAGCAAACCCGUGGAUAGAAUAGAAAUUUUCGCGCCCGAAUCUAGCUGAGAGUUGCCUUAAUCUUAGGGUAAAUUAGCUUAAUCAAAAAGAAAAACGUAUACUGUGGUAAUUUUGUUAAUUAUUAUUAUAGCUUCGCGAAUAGCACCCCAGUUUUUACUUAAAUAAGGCAAUUUUAGCUGCAUUACAGCAGAAAACUAUACAAUAUACAUAUAUAAUAAUAAAUUUAUAUUAACUAAAAAAAAAACAAA